AUGUCACUAAAGCCUAAACGAGUUGAUUUUACUCAGAUAUGGACUGCAUUGCAAGAGACAAUAAACAAUGUACUAACAUUAUCAUAUGUUCCACGUGCAACAUGGAAUGAUAGAUUCAGCGAUGUGUAUUCAUUAUGUGUGGCAUAUCCAGAACCACUUGCCGAUCAAUUAUAUAAUGAGACAGAAAGCUUCUUGAAGAAUCAUGUCUUCCAGUUGUUAACAAAAGUUCGUGCCCAAGAUGAAUCCAGUGUGCUGCAAGCAUAUUAUAAAGCUUGGACAGAAUAUUCACAGGGCAUUAACUACUUGCAUCACUUAUACUUAUAUCUGAAUCAACAUCAUAUUAAAGGGCAAAAGCUUUCAGAGGCAGAACUUAUCUAUGGCACAUUUUCUGCAGCUGCUUAUUGCCAAGAGCAAAUGGAAAUAGGAGAACUUGGUUUAGAUAUUUGGAAAAGGAUGAUGAUUGUACCAUUAAAGAAACAACUGGUGUCUUUAUUGUUAGAAAACAUUCAUGCAGACAGAGUUGGUACAUCUCUCUCAGCAAGUACAGAAGUUACUUGUGGUGUGAUACAAAGUUUUGUUCGAGUUGAGGAGUACAAAAUUAAGGGACAAGUGGAUAUGUAUCAAGAAAUUUUUGAAACACCUUUCCUUGAGGCUAGUGGAGAGUUUUUUAUGAGGGAAGCAUCUGAGUUGCUUCAACAAUCGGACGUAACGCAUUAUAUGGAAAGAGUUACGUGGCGACUCGUUGAGGAAGAACUUCGAGCUAAUAAGUUUCUUCAUUCAAGCUCUGCGCCUAAAGUGAUACAAUGCUGUGAAGAAAAAAUGAUAGCAACACACGUGGAGUGGCUUUAUAAGGAAGCAGAGAGUAUGAUAGAAAAUGAACGUAGAAGGGAUUUGACACUCCUUUAUCCAUUGCUGAGGCCAUUACCUCAAGGUUUAGCACCACUUGUACAAAAACUUACUCAACACAUUACUCAGCAAGGACUACAAGCAAUUGGCUCUUUACAAGGAGAAAAUAUACAUACACAAUUUGUGGAAAGCAUGCUGGACGUGCAUCACAAAUAUUCGGAAUUGAUUAAAGAUGUGUUCCGAGCCGAUCAAGCUUUUGUAACUGCUCUUGGUAAAGCUUGCUCGGUUGUCGUAAAUCAUAAGCCCAUUCCACGGCAACCAGCUAGAGCCCCUGAACUUCUUGCUAAAUAUUGCGACUCCUUGUUGAAAAAAACUGCCAAGGCCGCAUCAGAAGGUGAAAUAGAGGAAAAACUAGCACGUUGUAUCACCGUGUUCAAAUACGUUGAUGAUAAGGAUGUUUUCCAGAAGUUUUACGCGCGGAUGUUGGCGAAGCGUUUAAUUCAUCAACAAUCGCAAUCAAUGGAUGCCGAGGAAUCAAUGAUCGAUCGUUUAAAACAGGCUUGUGGCUAUGAGUUCACGAAUAAGCUACAUCGAAUGUUUACCGACAUGUCCGUUUCGGGGGAUUUGAAUGCCAAAUUUACGAACAGUUUACGAAAAGGGGACAGAGAAAAUCAAUUAGGCAUCGGUUUUGUGGUGUAUGUGUUACAAGCAGGUGCCUGGCCAUUAGGUUUACCACCAUCCCCAGGUCCAUUUGAUAUUCCUCAACAAUUAGAAAAAUCUAUACAGGCGUUCGAAACUUUCUAUCACGCGCAAUUUAGCGGGCGGAAACUUACUUGGUUGCAUCACCUUUGUCAAGGGGAACUCAAGUUUAAUUACUUAAAGAAACCUUAUUUGGUCACCGUACAAACAUACCAAAUGGCAUUGCUGCUUCUUUUUGAACAUUGUGACUCGAUACAAUGCAAAGAAGCUGCCGCAUCGUUACGCUUAUCACACGAUCAAUUAGUUAAACACGCGACCAGUCUAGUGGAUUCUAAAAUUCUAAAAAAAUCAACGGAAGGAGAAUUGAAGGAGGAUACGGUGCUGACGCUCAAUUUCGAUUACCAUAAUAAGAGAACAAAAUUUCGUAUAACUGGAGCGUUGCAACGGGACGUAUCGCACGAAUGUCACGAUGUAGAAGCUACACAUCGCAGUGUCGACGACGACAGAAAAAUGUACCUGCAAGCAGCUAUAGUUCGAAUUAUGAAGAGUCGUAGGGUUUUGAGACACAAUCAACUCGUACAAGAGGUACUAAGUCAAUCUAAGGUUACAUUUGCACCAUCAAUCAGCAUGAUUAAAAAAUGUAUCGAAGCCCUUAUAGAUAAGCAGUAUAUCGAACGUACGCCAAAUAACGCAGAUGAGUAUUCGUACGUCGCAUGAUUUUAUUGUACCAUCUGUCACCAUCAUUAAUUUAUUUCAUUCAGGGUACUUCUUGAUCGUUCAUGCUACGAUAAUAUUUGCUAAUGUUUUCAUAAAACGAUUAACUUUUGUCUUACCGAAUACAUCUCGGUAAGGAGAAACGAUAUUCUCUUUAAACGACACUUUCAAAACCGAAUCUCCCAUUUGAAAGAUCAAAGAAAGCAUCCUGAAUUGCUUACUUGCUCCUAAAUCAACCAAUUAAUAACUUAGUUGAUUCAAUGACUUGUAAUAUAUGUG